CCUGCAAUGGUAUCCUAGCAACCUACAGACAUCAGUGGAGCACGUAGUAGCAUAGCCGCUCUUAGAAAAAGCUUCUUUAUACUAUUUAGAUAUUAAUUAAAUAUCAAUACCAAAUGUUAGAUGUAACUUAACUUUGAGCUAAUUACUUUAACGUAAGUCUUUAGUCGACAGGACUGACAGAAAGUAUCGUAACUUAUCUAGCUCUGGGCUACACACAGAGAUGGACCAGACUUCAUAUCCUCGCAUCUACGUGGAAAGGACUCUGGCUGUGAUUAAACCAGACGCCAUCCACAAAGCUGAGGAGAUCGAGGAUAUUAUCCUGAAAUCAGGCUUCACUAUCCUGCAGAAACGGAAGCUGCAACUAAGUCCAGAGCAGUGCAGUGACUUCUACGCAGAUCAAUAUGGAAAGCUCUUCUUCCCCAGCUUGACUGCCUUCAUGAGCUCUGGUCCCAUCAUUGCUGCGACUUUGGCUCGAGACAACGCUAUCGCCCACUGGAAGUCCAUCAUAGGACCCGUCAACAGCAUCAAGGCCAGAGAGACUCAUCCAGAGUGCCUUAGAGCUAAAUAUGGCACUAAUGACCUGAAAAACGCACUCCACGGCAGCGAGUCAUUUAAUGCGGCUGAAAGGGAGAUCAAGUUCAUGUUCCCAAACUCUGUAAUCGAGCCCUUUCCCUCAAGAGAAGCAACUGAAGAAUACCUGAGCAGGCAUGUAAAUCCAACUCUGCUACUCGGACUCACAGAGCUCUGUAAGAACAAGCCACACAAUCCCUGUAUCUGGCUUGCUGACUGGCUGAUUAAAAACAAUCCAAACAAGCCUCAGAUAUAUGAGGGAGACAUUGUGGAAGAAGCAGAAUGACAGCAGAAAAACAAGAUGGAUCAAUGCAUAAUUUCACUUAUUUUUAAAACAAAUGUUCCUGUUCAUUACUAUCAAAUAAAAUGUUCUUU